AGGGACUAAAGACUCAACAUUACAUCACAAGUCAAGUUGCUUAGAUGAUGAGCAGCAGCCAUGACUGACUGUUCAUGGGGCAGGGAGAGUACCGCACAGUUGACCCCGCUGUUCAUGCACAUAUUAUGCCAAGAACAGACUCAAUUUUGCAAGUUGCAAUACAGUGAUUUUUGUUCGCAGCGUAUAACCUAUGGGUACUACAAAAUGUUUCAGGACGGAGUUAUGAAACACUUUUGUGUUACCGCAAUUUCCAGUGUCUUUUUUUUUUUUUUUAACAGCAUUCCUAGUGGACAGGAGAAGUCGAUGUUCCCGGCGUGUGGUUCUGAAAGAGGAAUGCAGCUCUCGAUCACCCAUAAGCAAAGAUACCUACACGAACAUCAGCCUCUAUUCUGGGGAGAGUGAAGAUGCCACUAUUGUUCCUGUGGAAAUGGCUUCAGUCGUGUUGCAGUCUUCAGAUGGCACUCAAAAUGAAGUUACGAUUGGUGAAGAGGAAAACAUGAAGCCAUAUCUCAUGAAUCCAAAUGUGUGUGCAAAUGUUGUUUUGAAGGUUGCAUACUUGGUGAAGUACAACAAGGCAGGCCAAGUAGUGAAUGCUGCAGUACAUCUGCUGCUUGGCAACUUUCAUGUCACACCAUUUACCCUGGAGCAGGAAUUCUCGAUCAAAUUUAUUCAGGAGGAGAAUAACAACGUGCCAUUCCAUUACAGUGGAAAUCCCGGUUAUAUCGUCGGACUUCCUAUUUUGUCUGGACAAGAAAUUGCUCAAUAUCCUUUACUGGAAAUGGUGCGAAACCCUGGAGACACACUGUCUAUUCUCCCGAUUUCCGCAAACCAAAACUGUAUGAAUGGUCCUCAUCAGCGUUCUCCUGUCUUGUUUGGUGUGGACUCAAUAUCUGGCUGCACAUUAAGACUGGAGGAAGCAGCCAACUGCUCCCUGGUUUCUCAAAUUAUUAUUGAUGUUCUGCGAGGACAAAACCACCCCCAAUAUGUUGCUACAUUUGGAAACUCCGAAUUACAUAAUUCCCUUGACUGGGUGCCUAUCAAGCGCAACUAUAAUCAGAGGGCUUCGCAGGUUUGCAGUAUCCCAUUGUCACUUCACUUGGAGAUUGAAUGGACCAAAUAUGGUUCCUUGUGGAAUCCCCAAGCUCAGAUUGUGAGUGUCGAGGAAGUUAUCCGAACCAAUACCACCAGUUUGGCUGGUUUUAUCAGAGGCAGUGAUGCGCUCUCAAUUCGGAGUUCAGUGAGCUUCAAAGAAAUUUCUGCUGCCGCCCUUCGUGGUUACAGAGCUACACCGACCAUUGAUGCCAAGCUGCCAAUUGACUUCUUCUUUCCAUUUGUUUGAUUGAGCAACUUCAUCCAGACUGUCCUCAGAAAGUGUCCGAAAGUCCACAUACCCAAAUGGAAAAUUGUAAUUACAUAGAGGGCAAAGAAUCGAUUGGAUAAAACAAUCAAGUAUUAUUCAUGAAGAUAGAAAA